AUGCACUCCAUCCACAAACUACCGUCCAGGAGCCCCCGAGAAGAGCCGAAGGAAGAUGGCGUGGAGGACAUGACCCAGCUGCAGGACCUCCAGGAGGGCGCAGUGCUACAGAACAUCAAGAUGAGGUUUGACCGCGAGUUAAUCUAUACCUACAUAGGCAGCAUCUUAGUGUCCGUGAACCCCUACAAAAUGUACAACAUCUACGGGACGGAGCAAGUGCUGCAGUAUGAAGGAAGGGCGCUGGGAGAGAAUCCCCCACACCUUUUUGCUAUUGCAAACGUCGCCUAUACCAAAAUGAUGGAUGCCAAACACAACCAGUGUAUUAUCAUCAGUGGCGAAAGUGGUUCUGGCAAAACGGAAGCCACCAAGCUGGUCCUGCGUUACCUCGCAGCAGUCAGUCAGAAACGCAAUGUGAUGCAGCAGAUAGAGAUCCUCGAAGCGACCCCCCUGCUGGAAUCCUUCGGAAAUGCCAAAACAGUGAGGAACGACAACUCCAGCAGGUUUGGGAAAUUUGUGGAAAUCUUUCUGGAGGAAGGCUUGAUCUGUGGUGCCAUAACCUCACAGUACCUUCUUGAGAAAUCAAGGAUCGUGUUUCAGGCCAAAAACGAAAGGAACUAUCACAUAUUCUAUGAGAUGCUAGCUGGCCUUCCUGCUCAGCAGAAGCAGCAAUUCUGCCUUCAAGAUGCAGAAACUUACUAUUAUCUGAACCAGGGGGGUAACUGCGAGAUUCCUGGCAAGAGUGAUGCUGAGGAUUUCUGGAGGUUGCUCAGCGCCAUGGAGAUCCUGAACUUCAGCACCGAAGACCAAAACAGCAUCUUCCGAAUUCUGUCUUCCAUCCUCCACCUGGGGAACGUCUACUUUGAAAAAUAUGAGACAGACUGCCAGGAGGUUGCGUCGGUGGUGAGUGCGAGAGAGAUCCGUGUGGUAGCCGACCUGCUCCAGAUCUCCCCAGAGGGGCUGCAGAAGGCCAUCACGUUCAAAGUGACAGAAACGCUGAGGGAGAAGAUUUUCACCCCCCUCACUGUGGAAAGUGCCGUUGAUGCCAGAGAUGCCAUUGCCAAGAUCCUGUACUCCCUGCUCUUCAGCUGGCUCACAGACAGGAUCAACAAACUGGUCUACCCUAAAAAGGAGGCUCUUUCCAUAGCCAUUCUGGAUAUCUAUGGGUUCGAGGACCUCAGCUUUAACAGCUUCGAGCAGCUAUGUAUCAAUUAUGCAAACGAAUAUCUGCAAUUCUUCUUCAACAAGAUCAUCUUUAAGGAGGAGCAGGAGGAGUAUGUCCGGGAACAGAUAGAGUGGAAAGAAAUCACCUUCAGCGACAACCAGCCCUGCAUCGAUCUCAUUGCUCAAAAGCCACACGGGAUUCUGAGGAUCCUGGAUGAUCAGAGCGCCUUCCCUCAGGCCACAGACCAUACCUUCCUCCAGAAGUGUCAUUACCACCAUGGCUCCAAUGCAUUAUACACCAAACCAAAGAUGCCUCUCCCAGAGUUCACCAUCAAACACUAUGCUGGCAAAGUAACCUACCAGGUGCACAAGUUCCUGGAUAAAAACUAUGAUCAAGUUCGCCAGGACGUUCUGGACCUUUUUGUCAACAGCAAAACCAAAGUGGUAGCCAACCUCUUCUUCGGCCAUGCCCAGUUGGUGGCCCAGCAGAGGACCAUGAUGGGGAAGAAUAGCACAAUCACCCGGCGGUAUAAAGCACCGACGGUGGCAGCUAAGUUCCAGCAGUCACUCCUGGACUUGGUGGAGAAGAUGGAGAGGUGCAACCCGUUCUUCGUCCGCUGCCUCAAACCCAACAACAAGAAGGAGCCAGCUGUCUUCGAGGAGGACAUUAUCAGCAGCCAGCUCCGGUACUCUGGAAUCCUCGAUACCAUCCGCAUCCGCAAAGAGGGCUUCCCAGUUCGCAUCCCCUUCCAGAUCUUCAUCGACAGGUACAGGUGCCUUGUAGAUAUCUGGCCUGGCCUCACCCCAGAUGGUGUGAGCUGCGUGGAGGUGCUGAAGAAGCUGUGUGCCGUGAAUCCCACCACAUACUGCAUUGGAGUCAGCAAGCUGUUCAUGAAGGAGCACCUGUACCAGCUGCUGGAGAGCAAGCGGGACCAUGCCCUGCACCUGGCAGCGCUCAUCCUGCAGCGCUACGCCCGCGCCUUCUUCAUCAAGAAACGCUUCCGCUCGCUGCGCCGCAAGAUCAUCCUCCUCCAAAGCCAGUCCCGGGGCUACCUGGCCAGGCAGAGGUACAAGCAGCUGAGGAAGAGUCUGAUCAAGUUCAGGUCCCUGGUGCACAUCUAUGUGAAUCGCAGGAGGUACCUCAAGGAGCUGACCAAGAGAGAGGUGGUGGAUGUAACGCACCUGGAAGUCCCUGCUGAGUUGGCGGGGCUGCUGGAGCUGGCAGCAGGUAAGCGCUCAUUUCCCACAGAGGGAUAGGUCAGAGCAGCUGGGAAUGGUCCAUGCAUCGUUCCAGUCCCUGCGCCCAAACUGCAAAUGGACUCCCAGCUCACCCUGCCACUCGACAUCAACAACUACUCCAUGGCCAAGUACGUGCGAGUCCACUUCCAGGAGCCGUCGUUUGGGAUGCUCACCGUGCCACUGGCGUCCCCGCUGACCCAGCUGGAGGAGGAUCUGGUGUCGGAAGCGCUCAGUCUGUUCAAGCUGAUUCUGCGCUUCAUGGGUGACCCGCACCUCGGUGGCAUCCCGGAGAAUCUGUUUGGGAACUACAUCGUGCAGAAGGGGCUCUCAGUGCCGGGCCUGCGGGAUGAGAUCCUGGCUCAGAUCGCCAACCAGGUGUGGCGCAACACCAACGUCAACAACGAGGAGCGGGGCUGGCUCCUCCUGGCCGCCUGCCUCAGCGGCUUUGCCCCCUCCGCUGGCCUGGAGAAACACCUGCUCAAGUUUGUUUCCGACUACGCCUUUGAUGGCUACAAGUCAGUGUGCCAGCACAAGCUGAUGCAGGCCAUGCUGAGGUCCCAGCUUGGCCCCGAGACAGCCCGGGCCUACCCACCGUCGCUGCUCGAGUGGACGGCCAACAGGCAGAGAGCAAGCAUGGCCUUGGACAUCUACUGCUUCAACGGUGACCGCUUCUCCUGCCCCAUCCACUCCUGGAGCACAGGGGAGGAGCUGGCAGGGGACGUGCUGAAGCACAGGGGGCUGACGGAAGGCUGGAGGGGCUGGUCCAUCUCCAUGAAGGAUGGCGUCCAGUGGGCCGAGCUGGCUGGCCACGAUUACAUCCUGGACCUCGUUUCCGACCUGGAGCUGCCCAGGGGCUUCCCCAAGCAGAAAUCUUAUUUCAUCGUCUCUUCAGAAGGGGCGGACAAGGGCAGCGGUGCCACCAGCGCAGUAUUCGGACAGGGCUUGGAUUCGGACGAGGAAGUCCCUCCUCCCCCAUUCACAAAGGCCCCCACUGUGCCACCUCCAAACAGCCCUGACUCAGAUGGAUAUUACAGUCGUGCAGAUUCCGACACCGUCAGCGAAGCUCGAACGCACAAGGGGUUGGAUCGUUACCUGGACAGUCUGUUUGACCCGGUCCUGUCCUAUGGGAAUGGGGACUUGGAGAAGCCGGCUGCUCUCUCUUGGAAGAUGAAAGGAGGAGGCCGGGUAGGAGGUGGGGGCAGCAAUGUGGACCAAGGCAGUGCCAGAGCAACCAUGGAGAUGCCCCAGCAGACUGGUUUGCGGGAUCCCAACUUGGUGCUGCAGCGCGACCACAUCAAGCAGCAGGCCCUGCUCCGGGCUCGUCAGAUCACCAGGCAGGCCACGGCUCUGCAGCAGCAUCAGGUGGAUGGCACAGCCUCUCCCAAUGCCUCUCAGGCCACCAGCCCCAGACCUGCCCACGGAGCCCCCAGCACAGUCCAGAGCGUGCCCAGCACAUCACUGCCGCUGCAGAGGACGGCUGUGAGCGGGACACCAGCCAGGACGGCGGCCCUCUUGCAGAAAGCCGCUCCUGCCUCCAGGCUGCAGGCUGGUGAGCUGGUGCGGCCGGCCAAGCUGAGCUCGCAGCACUUCCCUGAGCCCACACAGCACAUCAAGAACAUCAUUAAGCAGUGCCAGCGGCCCGCCAGGCUCCCCGAGCCCAUCAGGAAGGAAGGUGGGAAGGUCUUUGUGAAGAAGAUGGAUCCCCAUGAGGAGGCUAUGAUGAUCUUAAAGGGGCAGAUGUCAGUGGCGCCGGGCCCCCCAAGAGCCGCUCCGGUGGCCAAGGAAGCAAUAGCCAUGGUGAAGCCUGUUACCAGCACCAAGAGGUCUUCGCUGCCAUCACCAGCCGCCGUUCCCUCACCGGCUGCCACAGCCAGGUCUUCUCCAGUGUCGCCUCCAGUCCCAGUCUCCCGGGAGCUCCCAGCCGAGCAUGAGCAGGUCCAGACACAGCUGCACCGGUGCUACAGCGAGGAGUGCUAUGCCUACCGCAACGUGUCCUGGAAGAUAUACAUCAGGAAAGAGGUGUUCUAUCCUAAGGAUAACUUCAACAACCCUUUGUUGCUGGAUCUCAUUUUCAGACAGAUCUUCCACGACACGCUCUCCGACGCUUGCCUUAGGAUCACCCCGGAGGAGCAGCUGCACAUGAGAUCCCUCUUCGCGGAAAACAAGCUAGACUCAUUCAGCCCAGUGGCCGACGACAGCGUUAAGAAGGAGAUUGUGAUUGCAGCCCGGGACAGCUGGGAGGUUUACUUCUCCCGCCUCUUCCCCGCCACGGGCAGUGUUGGCACUGGGGUGCAGAUCCUGGCAGUGUCUCACACGGGGAUUAAACUGCUGCGGCUGGUCAAGGGCACCAACAUGCCAGGGGAGCAGCUACGGGUGCUGCGGGGCUACAGCUACACCGAUAUCCUGUUCGUGACCAUCCCCUCCAAGCACAUGCUGGAGUUCAAUCUGACCAACGAGAAGCUCAUCCUCUUCUCCCCCAGAGCCCCCCAGGUGAAGGCCAUGAUCGACUAUUUCAUCACGGAGCUCAAGAAGGACUCGCAGUACGUGGUUGCCGUGAAGAGCUACGUUACAGACGACAGGAGCCUGUUGAGCUUCCACAAGGGGGACAUCAUCCACUUGCAGCCGCUGGAGCAGCCUGAAAGAGGGUGGAAAUUCGGUGCCAUCCAUGGGAGGUCGGGGCGCUUCCCUGCUGAGUACGUCCAGCCUGUGGCAGCCCCAGAUUUUAUCCAGCUGCCAGCAGACAGGAAAGAGGAACCCAAGAACAAGCAGGGCAAGGUGGCGGCCUCGGCGGCCGUGGCAGUGGCCGUGGCCUCCACGGCCGUGGCUCAGGAGCUGGACAGGAAGAUCGAGGUGUACCCCAUGGGCAGCGACUAUGCGGAGAGCGUGGAGGAGUAUGGCAGCGAGCUUCCUGGGGACGGUGCCCUACAGGGCAGGCAGUUCCCCAUGCAGGAGUUUGCCAAGAAGUAUUUCCGGGCGGCGCAGAGGAUGAAGACGGAUUCCUGCAAGCAGAAAUCCCGGAAAGGGAAGGACUCGCCGGACAUAGCGGAGAUGCUGAAAUUCACCAAGUGCCCACUCCAGGAGUCGCUGAUCAAAUUCACCGACAGCUGCCUGAACAGAGCCGCAGCCGAGGCCUUCCAAGCUGUGAUGAAGUUCAUGGGCGACUGGCCUCUCAAGGGGCAGACGGAGCUGGACGUCGUCUGUGCUGUGCUCAAGCUGUGCACUGACCAGGAGGUCAUGAGGGAUGAAGUGUAUUGCCAGAUCCUCAAGCAGACCACAGAUAACACCAGCCCCAAGAUGGACAGCUGUCAGAAGGGAUGGCGGCUGCUCUAUAUCCUGACCGCCUACUACAAGUGCUCCGAGGUCCUGAAGCCCUACCUGCUGUGGCACCUCCAGGAGACCUGCAGGAGCCCUGGGGCGCAGUUCCAAGGUAUUGCCAAGGCCUGCGAGCAGAACCUCAGGAAGACCUUCCAGUUUGGUGGCCGGCGCGAAUUUCCCAGCAGCCUGGAGCUCAAAGCCAUGGUGGCUGGCCGGAGCGCAAAACGUCAGCUGUUUCUCCUGCCAGGAGGGAUCGAGAGGCACCUGAAGAUCAAAACGUGCUCGGUUGCACUGGACGUGAUCGAGGAGAUGUGCUAUGAAAUGGGGUUGCAUCGGCCCGAGGCCUUGGACGAAUAUGUCAUCUUUGCCGUUACCAACGGAGGUCAGAAUGUCCGCCCCUUGAGUAGACGGGAGUAUAUCCUUGACGUGGCCACGGAGAUGGAGCAAGUGGACAACAGCUACAUGUUCUGGUACCGGCGCAUCAUCUGGACCCAGCCGCUGAAAUUUGACAAUGAGCUGUAUGUCACCAUGCACUAUAACCAGGUCCUGCCCGAUUAUCUCAAGGGGCUUUUCAACAUCCUACCUCCCCUGCAACCCAGCGAACAGCAAUGCCAGCAGGUCUCCAAACUCGCAGCCCUCCAGCACCGGGCCAAGGACAGCAUGUACCUGCCCACCGUCCGCGAGGUGCAGGGUUACGUCCCACCCCAGUUCUGCCAAGCGCUGAAGGCUCAGUCGUGGCUCAACGCGGUGCUGCAGCAUAUGCCGCAGGUCCAGGCCCUGAGCGCCCACCAGGCCAGAGCUCAGUUCCUAGGGCUCCUGAGCGCCUUCUCCAUGUUCGGCUCUUCCUUUUUCUACAUCCAGAGCUGCAGUAACAACGCCAUCCUCUCGCCGUGCAUCCUGGCCGUCAACCAGAAUGGCCUCCACUUCCUCCACAAGGACACCCACGAGCUGAUGGUGAAGUUCUCGCUGAAGGAGAUUCAGUCCACAAGGACCCAGCGGUCCACAGCCGGCUCCAGCUACCCCUAUGUGGAGAUCAUGCUGGGAGACUUGAUGUCACAGAGGAUGACGCAGCUGCAGCUAGAGCAGCUAAACCUUCAGAUGGGCCUAGAGUUGAGCCGUGUGAUCGCCACCCACAUGGAAAGUCUGUUGUACGCUCGCGAGAAGAGACUCACCCUCCCUCCCAGUGAGAUUACGCUGCUCUGAUCAGGCAUGUUACACACACGCACGCUCGCACGCUCCCUCCCUAACAGCUACUUGAGUGAAAGCCAGCAUGGAGAUAAGCAAAUAUCUCUGUGUCCUGGGAGAGGCAACGUAGACUAAAUAUAGACACCGAUGGGACAGAUUCCCAACUGGUUCGAGUCAGCAUAGCCCCACUGAUUUCAGUGGCUGGGGCUGACGGACAUCUGCUGAGGGGCUGGGGUGGUGGGAUUUACAGACCAUAUGUGAGGUCUGAGGUGUGAAGAGUGUGGGGAAUGCAGUCCGGCCAGUUAACAGGUGAACACAGAUGCCUUAAUUUAUAUUUAAUAACUGCCCUCCUGGACACAGGGCAUGACCUUUUUCCAGAAUCAAGUGUAUUUAAUCCAUUAUUUUACUAGCAACGUAUUAACAGAUUGUCCUUGAGCAGGACAUGCCCAGUUUUGCACAUCUGCCUGUUCCAAGGACCCGGCAAUCUAACUGCUCAUAUGCUGCAUACACCAGAUGGCUUUUAUUUGUGUUCGCUCCUGCUUUUUUGGUCUUGUUUGUCCUGUGAGCUAAUUCUCGUUUUUAUAAGUGUCACUGGCGUCUGUAUUUGUAUACUGCUCUGUAGCGCUAGCCCUGUAAAUGGCUUCCCGUUUUUUAACUUUUUGCACUCAGCGUUGCUUUGAGAUUUUAUUUUGUUUCUAAUUUGUGCAAAAUUAAAAAUUCCUUUAAAGUCCAAAGCCACCUGUCAUUUGGGUGUGCUGGGGAACUAAGUGCUUUCUCUUUCCUCAACCCAGGAUUUGUGUAGAGCAGGGGUUCUCAAACUUCUUCGCCCCCUUCUGACAACAAAAAUUACUACAGGACCCCAGAGGGGGGGAACGAAGCCUGAGUCCGACGGAGCCCUGUCACCCCAGAGCAGGGCGCAAACCAAAGCUCCAUUUCCCCAGGCCGGGAGGCCAAAGACAAAGCCCUGCUGCCCAGGGCUGAAGCCCUUGGGCAGGGGCUUUAGCUUUGGUCCCGGCAAGUCUAAGCCAGCCCUGGCGACCCCAUUAAAAUGGGGUCGUGACCUACUUUGAGGUCUUGACCCCCAGUUUGAGAACCGCUGGUGUAGAGCCAAGAGCAGAGCUUGCAGUCUAGUUUCAACUGCUUGCCAGUGAACCCUACUGUCAAUGCCAGUCUGACCACCUCACAGACAUUUAUGCCAGGACAAGAGUGUUUAUGGUUUACCCUAGGCUGUAUCCUAAGACAAAUGUGUGCCAGGACUAGACUAUUUACAGUCGUGUUCAUUAACUGGCCGUCAGUUAACGCAGGUUAAAAGAAGCCCCCAAACUCUAGUCCGGACGGAUCCCCACAGAACAGUGAAGCACUCGAUGGUCAUAUUUGCGCUCAGGUUCUGGUGAUAUUCGAGGAUCGCUACAGCUUCUCUGCUGCUAGCAACAGAGGCGGCGCUAGCCUGGACCAGCCAUAAGUGCUUUACCACCAUGGCAACUAGGCCUUGAGAAACUGCAGUUUCUACACUGCGAUUCACUGAAUCCAUUCAGGCCCUUCAUCUGAAUCACUGCAUUUCUUUACACGACAGAUGAUCAUGUGGUUAAGGCACAGGACCAGGAAUCCGGGUUAUGUUAGUGGCCCUGCCAGACUUUCCACGUGACUUUGGACAUGUCCCUUAGGGAUUACUGUGGCAUUUAAAGCAGCAUCCAAGCUGCAGCGAUAUCACGAGCGUUUGCCAACUGAACCCCUGCCCUAAUGUAAACGCAGAACUGAGACAAGCCUGGGUUGGUGACUCGGCAGAUUGUCUGCAAGGGACUCAGAGUUAAAGGCUGCCACAAACUCGGCAGAACCAGCAUCAGCCAAAACAUUAACAGUGACUCCCAUGAACCGAACCAGAGAGCUUUGUAUAGCAUGACCUCUGCCUUCACCACGGACAGGCCUAACUGUAUUCCGUGAGCAGCCAGGUGCCCUGGGAGUUCUGAAAUUCCCACUAGGAGCCUAGCUGCCUCUUUAGGCACCUAAAUCCUGGCCCUAGGAGCUCAUAACCAGUGAGUUCCUUGAGGCCAACGCAGAGGCUCGUUUCACAUCAUACUGUUGGCAGAGAGUGGGCUGGGGUAGGUUUGAUUUGCUAGAGGCUGGGUGUGACAAGUGGAGUGGAACUCCUCCCAGGAUGGGAGAGAUGGAGAGUCUGAGCAGGGGCGCUGGCUCAGACCCAGCUCAAAAGCAAACCCCUAUAGCACAGUCUUGACAGCCUGGAAGGCAGGAUGGGCUAGUGGGAUGGGUGCUGGCAUGUGACUCAGGAAACCAAGGUUCAGUUCCUCAUUUACCAAACUUCCUGUGUGAUUUUGGGCAAGUCAUUUAAUCUGUCAGGGGGAUAAAGCACUUCUGUGCCUGACAGGGGUGUUGUGAGGAAUUAGAGACUGGGAGGUGCUCCAACACUACCGAGAAGAGGGCCAGCCAGGUACUCAGGUAGAGAGAUUAGCUCUCUUCUCCAGCACCCUGAAAGGACCUGUCCAGCCUUGCUCCCACUGAAGUCCAGGACAAAGUUCUUAUUGGUCUCAGGUGCAGCAUUGGUCCCAAAAUGUACUUUAUGUCUGGUAUGAAAUUUGGGACCAGAAUUGGAAGGGAUAGGGUGUUACCACAACUCGGGACACCAGCACGUCACUGCAGGCACCUCUCCCAGGCUGGCUGGACUGCGCGGCCUUUUUGAAGGAGAGGAUUGUUGCGGUGCUGGUUCACCCAGCCGCUGAUAAUCUCAACAAGUGGGACUGUUUGUUGGCAGCUGCAGAGCAGAGCUAGUUUUGGACUCAACUUCUGUGACUCACUGGCAGGAGAGGGGUUGGAUCCCCCAGGGUCUGUUCUCCUGCUUCCUGAUAAAGCAGCCCUGUGUGUGGCCGUGUGCUGGCGGAGAGGGACUUCCAUCCACUUCCCUGAGAGUUGGGGGGGCUGGACACAGUAAGCAGUGAAAGAACAGAGUCGGGCAGGGAGUGAGCUCCCCCUUCUGUCCCCACUCAGCUGCAAUUGCUCACUGAGGAAAUCUUUGUGUGUCUCUUUUCCCUUGUGUUUCUCCACCCCGCCCCCCAUCACCACAGACUGACCCUGCUCCUUUGGAGGAAGAUGCCAGCCUUGACAGCCAGAUACGGUUGUCGGGUGAGCUGAUCUUUCCUCUCGCUGGGGCUGAGACCACUGCUCCCACCAGCUGAGUUGUUUGGGUGCAAGCUUGCAUCCUGCUCUCAGACCCCCUGUUGUUUGACAAGAGACAGCUGGGCUGACCCAAUUGCUUACUAGGGAUGUAAAAUGUUAACCGGUAAGCACUAGUCUUACCGGUUAACCUGUCUUAACCGUUAACACCAGGCCGGCCAACCCCAGUAGCCCGUGUUAGUCGGAGCAGCCCCAGCCGUACCGCUCGGCCAGAUCGGCCCCAGCCGCACUGCUCGGACAGAUCAGCCCCAGCCGCACUGCAUGGCUGGAGCAGCACCGCCUGGCCAGAUCGGCCCCGGAUGGCCCUUUAAUCAGUUAACCAUUUAAAUGAAAUAUCUGUAAUCUUUUAAAUGUUUAACUUUUUAAAUGGUAUUUACAUCCCUAUUGCUUAUGGUGAAUCCUCGGCUCACAAAACAGAUCUCAGGACAAGUUCUGAAGCCACCUGCCUGGUACUGGUCUUCUGAUCUCUCCCUAGGUCUCUGAAGUCACUUUUCUGGCCUGCUCAACCCUUACCAUUGUCACUUCCCUUCCCAUUAGGUAUGGACAGUGAGGAGAGGAUCUUAACCAGCCUUCUUCAGGGCAGAUGGAGAAGGAAAGUACUAGAGAAGGGUAGAAUAAAGUCGCCCAAGAGAGGUUCUAUUAGAUGUUCAGCUGAUGCUAUACUUCACUCUAGCAGGCUGAGGAGAAGCAAUCUAUGACUCCUUGUAGCCCCUCGGAGCCAGUGCGCACUCCAUUCUAGUUCUCCUGUCCGUGUUCUAGUCCAUCAUCUCUACAGUAGUCACUGAUGCUGAUUAAUUGCUGCCUUCUCCUAAAGAUCACUUGUCCUUCUCCUAUGUUUGUUAAUUAAUCAUUUACUAUUCACGUAACGUCUUUGCGUACAGCGUGCCCAAUCCAGCUUGCGAAAGGAGAGGAACCAAAACUGCAACAUCAUCCACCUCUAGUGUAAUUUUACACGGUGGUGCGACAAGCUAGGACAGGAACGUGAUCAAGUUCCUAGCCCGAAUUCAGCCAGUGCUGGUUUCCUGUAUAUGAUCUGUGCCUCAGGAUGGGUUCAUUUAGAAGCAGGAAAUUAAUCUAUUGACAGGUAAUAUUGUCAGAGUAUAGUUCUGUCUUGUUUCCCAACUAGAUUCCAGAGCAUAGCUGUGCGCAAUGAACAAUAGCAUAUCAUCUGGGUCUGGAGUCUAUAACUUUUGUGGGAAGCCUGACCUAUAAAAUGUUCUAUCUGAAGUGGGUUUUAUCUCAAUAGGUUUCAAAGUAGCUUUUCUCCACCAAGAGAAAGAUUCCAAAAGUUUGACUUAUAGCCCAGUUCCAAACCAGAACUGUUACGGUACAUUGUCUUGUUUGCGAGAAUGAGGGCAUCAAUCAGAAGUUUCUCCAGGUUAUUUUUAAUUUUGUUAAUGGCAGAAUGCCGAGCAACUGGUUGUUGGGGAAUCCCCUGCCCCCUGAGACAUCGGCUGUUUUUAUAGGAUUUUGGUGUCAAACUUUCUGGUCCCAUCAUGUCAUCUCAAGGCCACCUCAAAACAGGUCUUGUGUGUGCGGAACUUUGAUUUUUUUGGAGGGGAAUCACAGACACCAGUCUCCACAGUAUGCAAAACUCAAAUACUUUUGUAAUUGCUGGCCUUAAGUGGCCUAUUCCCAAAACUGACGCUCACUACAGAUGACCUCAUUCAAACCUGACUGGCCCAGGUUCCAUGGCUCCAAUGUCAGCCUUGUACCUGAUUUGUGCAAAGAUCUUGGAGGAAGGUGUCACAAGGCACAGUAAGCGGAGUUCGCAAACCGUAAGGCCAAGAUGCCUCGCCUUCAGAUCAACAAGCCAUUAGUGGGAAGAGGGACCUUCCAAAAUCCCCAAGAGCAGCCACCUUCAGUUUGGGACAGGAAGUCAUGACAUCGAGGGCCAGCCCACUCCUUUGAUCAGUCUGCCCCUGCAUCUGAAGGAGGCCUGUUAGCAACAAGUGCUGUGCCAGCAGCAUAUCACUGUCUGGCUCCAUCACGGCAGCCCCAGCUCCUACUCUGAACGUUGAGGAGACUGCAAAAGCUCCUAAACCCCUGGUCCCUCAAGUAGCUACUCUCUUUUUUUUCUGGUUUUGUCUUUUGUUUUUAACCAGCUGGCUGACGUCCUAGCUAUUCAGCCUUUACAUUGUUAGGGUAUGCAAGUGAAAGCAUGGCUGUGUGCCUGUGUGAACACCCAGAAAGUCCAAAUGGGACAGGUAUUUGAAAGAAAAGUUCCCCAGGGUUAAACUGCUCUAAAUAUUGUCUCAUAAAAUUACUCUCUAAAAUGUGAUUGUCACCUGUAAUUUCUAGAAACUAAUGGUUGUCAAACUGUGGUUUAUCAAGAGUGUUUUGUUAGUCUGUGUUAUAGGAGGGCAGAAGGAAAGGGUUAGUCACCAGGCAAAAAUGGAAAGCUAAGAGGAAGAUUUAUAAUUGGGUCUGAGGUUGUGGCUCAGCCUUUAGAUCAGGGGUAGGCAAC